UCAAAACAAAAUCCUCAUUACUUUAAUGAUCAAAUCUUCAAUUUCCCUGGAGAUUCUCAGAUUUUGAAGUAGAAACUAAGAAGAAGAAUUCAAUUCGAUGGAACAGCAACGGCGGGUUGAAACAUCGGAUAAUUCUUCUUCUUGUUCUUCUUCAACGACAUCAAAUGAUGAUUACAGGGAAAAUACAGUGAAAUCAUCGGCAAUGCCAUCCAAAUUUGUAUUGACGUAUGGGGAGAUGGCGGGUGCAUCCGCCGUCGUUUUGGGUUUCGCUGUUAGUCUCAUCGGAGUUUAUCUCUCCUUGCCGGUUUCUGACUACUCCUUCCUUAAGCUUCCACGAACGCUUGAAGAUCUUCAUGUCCUCCGGGAUAAUCUGGAGAGAUACACAUGUGACUACACAAUCCAGGUGCUUGUUGGGUAUUGCACAGUCUACAUUUUCAUGCAAACAUUCAUGAUUCCAGGAACUGUUUUCAUGUCUCUACUCGCCGGAUCCCUUUUCGGGGUCUUUAAAGGAUUAGCCCUCGUUGUCUUUGCUGCCACCGCCGGAGCAUCUUCCUGUUACUUUCUAUCUAAUUUGAUCGGCCGCCCUCUAAUCUUGUCUCUCUGGCCUGAUAAACUGGUUUUCUUCCAAAACCAGGUGGCGAAAAGGGAAACCCGGUUACUAAACUACAUGCUUUUUCUAAGGGUGACACCCACCUUGCCAAACGCCUUUAUUAACAUUGCAUCUCCACUUGUAAAUGUGCCUUUUCACACGUUUCUGUUGGCAACUUCUCUUGGCCUCCUUCCAGUUGCUUUUAUCACCGUUAGGGCAGGAAUGGCACUUGGUGAACUACAAUCGCUUGGAGAUCUAUACGAUAUGCAAUCAAUCAGCAUAUUAUUUUUUAUAGGGCUGGCAUCUGUGAUCCCAACAAUGAUAAGCAACACGAGUGAACCAUAGGGUUGUUUAUUCUAGGAAAUCACAGGUACAUUGAUAGUGUAUUUGGAUAUGUCAUUCUUUUGAAUGAAUUCAAUAGAUUGAUUGAUUUGAUUCGUUAACAAGUAGAUAAAAUACUAAGAACAGAUUAGUCCUCAAACUAAGUCAGAACCACUCUUGUAAAAUAUGUAUUUGGAUAAAUGUCUACUUUGUAUUGUUUCGAAUCUAAGAAAUUUUAUUGUCGUGUCA